GUCUCAUAUUCAAGGUCUUAAACAACAGUUGCGGUCGCGGUCGCGUUCCAGUCGUGUAAAGGCUUUUGCGAUCUCAGUCAGUAUAGGUAUUACGACGCUGAUUGAGUUUGUCGCGGCCGUUUACGUGAUCGGUUAUUGUGGAACGGAGGGAGUAGUUUGCAAAAAGCAGUGUUUAAUUAUCUUAACUUGAUAUUGGAAGAUCCUAAAUUCCUAACUGGUGUGGAACAAUGCAACGGAGUAUGGUAAAAAGAACACAUGAUGGUACCAGGGCUAUCAUUACAACAGUUAUGGCGGUUGCCUUUGGAGUUAUCAUUGGUAUUUCCCUUCCAUCUUUGCAUUUGCCUAAGAUUAACUUUUCUUCAGCCUUAGGACAUUCUUUUGAUGUACCAGUAGCUGAAAUAGAUAGAUUUACCGCUGAUCUAGACAAAGCUCAAUCUAUUAGUGAAUCUUCUGGAACCAAGCGUAUUGAAUUCCUCGGGUCCAUGAGAUUACCAAAGAUGUAUGUUUCAACCAAUCCUCCCGGAGCAGAAUCACUACCUGCAGGAAUUGUUGUAUCAGAAUCCAAUUUUUAUUUGCGCAGGCUAUGGGGUGAACCUAGUGAGGAUCUGAAGAAAAAGCCGAAGUAUUUAGUAACAUUCACUGUUGGAUAUCGUCAGAGAUAUAAUAUUGAUGCCGCGGUCAAAAAGUUCUCUGAUGAAUUUGCGAUUUUGCUCUUCCAUUAUGAUGGACGGACAACCGAAUGGGAUCAAUACGAAUGGUCGAAGCAUGUAAUCCAUAUUAGUGCUCGGAAACAAACCAAAUGGUGGUAUGCUAAAAGGUUUUUGCACCCUGAUAUUGUGUCAGCGUACGAAUACAUUUUUAUAUGGGAUGAAGAUCUUGGAUUGGAACACUUCAAUGGAGACAAGUAUAUUAAAUUGGUUGAAAAACAUGGUUUGGAGAUAUCACAACCUGGACUAGGGGCUAAAAGUGGAUUCACGUGGGAGAUGACAAAGAAGAAGGAUGAUAGAGAAGUUCAUAAAUAUACAGAAGAGAGACCAGGCUGGUGUAAUGAUCCAAAUUUGCCUCCUUGUGCCGCAUUUGUGGAAAUUAUGGCCCCCGUCUUUUCUCGAAAAGCUUGGCGCUGCGUCUGGCAUAUGAUUCAGAAUGAUUUAGUGCAUGGAUGGGGAUUAGAUUUCGCUCUCAGAAGAUGUGCACAGCCAGCACAUGAAAAAAUUGGUGUGGUUGAUGAACAAUGGAUUGUUCAUCAAACAAUUCCUACUCUUGGAGACCAGGGAGAAUCUGAUCAUGGAAAAGAUAAAUAUGACGCGGUCAAAACGCGAUGCAAGAGCGAGUGGGCAGAGUUUCAAUCUCGCCUCACCAAUGCUGAUAAAGGAUAUCUUAAAGGACUUAGACGAAGUAUGAGGGGUGUAAGGGGUUAACAUAUACGGUUUCCAAUUCUAAUGUACAUGUUUUACUUAUAUUGAUAGAGUGCAUACAAGUAUAUUUAUCAAAGGAAAGAAAGUUACAUCUUAUGUGUGGCUGAUUGCCACAAACUGCUUGUCUUCUGCACUCAAUUUUGAACCAAAACCCGCUCACAGGGAAGGGUUUUGGUAUCUAAUCAGAUAGUGUUGGAAUUAGUUAUAUACAACAGGACGUAUUUUUUUAUAUGCUAUA